UUCGAGAAAAUGAGUGGACGCGGCAAAGGAGGCAAGGGACUCGGAAAAGGAGGCGCUAAGCGUCACCGGAAAGUUCUUCGUGAUAAUAUCCAGGGUAUCACCAAGCCCGCUAUCCGCCGUCUGGCCCGCCGUGGCGGUGUGAAGCGUAUUUCCGGUCUGAUCUACGAGGAGACCCGUGGUGUGCUCAAGGUGUUCCUCGAGAACGUGAUCCGUGACGCUGUUACCUACACUGAGCACGCGAAGAGGAAGACUGUGACCGCUAUGGACGUGGUGUACGCUCUGAAGCGGCAGGGUCGCACUCUGUAUGGUUUCGGAGGUUAAAUCCACAGCUCGACUCCCCAACACAACGGCUCUUUUAAGAGCCACACACUUCACUUUAAGAGCUUUGUUCUGCGAUUUUUUUUUUGUCGUAUUUUGGAGGAAAGUCCUGAAAAUGUUAGUAAAAUAUCUGCCAGUAUCGCCCACUGACUUCAGGAGCAGUAGUAUGUUAUAACUUCACAAACUAUUACCAUAUGACAUUCCCAACAUAUUAAAAUGGCUUUUUUUUUUCUAUAGGGUAUAAGAUUAUGGUGUUUGUAAUGUGUGCUUUCCUUUACAAAAUUACAAUAACUGACAUAACCAAAAACUGAACUUCAAAAGUUAGACCUAUUCAAUACCACUGUUAUAUAAACUCCUAUAGCAGGAGUGUGAACAUUCAUAGACCAAGUGAAAGAAAAACGAUAGAUUUCACUGAUUUCUCAGUUUAUUUGUAAAUGUCUUCUUGCCAGAAAUUCGCUUAAAGCAGAAGUGUUUAU